AUGAAGCGCAUUGUGCUGCCGUCCUCGCGGCUGAAGUUUGUCUUCGGACUUGACCAGCAAACUCUGCGAGAACUUGCUGCUCUCCGCAGCACUUCGCACCCCAACGUGCGGCUGCGGCCCACCUUUUAUUUGAUAACAGAACUCUGCGAUGAAGAUGCAGCAAAAGCCAUCGCCCAGCAGCAGCACAAAUACCAGACUUACAUCAAGAGAAUGCAGCAGCAGCAGCAGCAGCAGCAGCAGCAGCAGCAGCGGGUGCACGAGGAGGCGCCUCUUCCGGGGUUCUCGGAAGAAGACGCGAGGCUUAUUGUCUACCAAGCCUUGGCUCACUGCCACUCGCGCGGUUUGCUGCACCGAGAUGUAAAGCCGCAAAAUAUAUUUUUGACGAAAGAGAGAGAAGCAGAAACUGGCAAACUGAGGUGGGUCGUUCGGCUGGGGGACUUCGGGCUUUGCUGCUUCCGGCUGCAGCAGCAGCAGCAGCAAACAGCAGAUGUUGUCACAAAGCUUUACAGAGCGCCGGAGCUGCUGCUGGGCAAAACGGACUAUGGGCAGCAAAUUGAUGUCUGGAGUGCUGCUGCUGUCGCAGUCGGCAGUUAA